GCCGCUUCUCUCUCUGGCACAAUCUCCGAGGUUUAGUUUUCCGGCGACGUCGGCGUUCGCUGGCGUCGCUGAACCUUGUUUUCGCUUUCUCCUUCGUCCCCUCUGCUUGUUGGUUAUGGUCGUGUUGUGUUCGGUGCUCGUCGGAGGUUCUUCUCCGAGUUUCUCUUCUCCUCUGGCUCCAUCUGUUUCUUCUUGUUUUGUGACGAGGCCGCCUCCUCCUCUUUGUCCAUCCACUCUCAAUCCGUACCGGCAAAGACCCUUUGGCUAUACUUCCAGCCGGGAUUCGUCUCGGGCUUUCUUCCCGAUAAUCUCUGAUUCCUUUGGCGUCGAUGCUAGCUGUCAACCGCCGUCGCCUCGUGCCUUUGCAUCAGAACCCUUGGUGGCCCGCUCCACUGAAGCAUCCCUCCUUUCACUUGGUUUUAAGCACCCGACGAGAUCGGCUUGUCUCCCCGUCGGUCGAUUUGGCACCGCCAGCAAGAUCUCUGGCUCUAUUGGCGUUUUAGAUCUGCUUUCCAUGUCCUUCCUUUCGGUUACCACGGUGUUUCUUUCUAUGGUCAACCCUCCAGUUCUACUCGUUUUCAAGCUGCAACUUUUAGUGCUGCCUCCGGUGUCUUCAAUUCUUGCUCCGCUUCAAGCCGCUCAGCCUCGUCUGACUCAAUCAUCCUCCUGCCAAUUCCAGGAGAGAUCUCUCGCUUCAUUCUCCUUGUUAUCGGAGAGAAGCACCCAUCCACCAUCCUUGUCUCCAUGGCGGUUAUGUUGUUGCGCUUGUGUCGUGCGGCCUCCCCAUGUUUUGAAAGGAUGCUCCUUAGAGACCUCGUUCUCUGGUGGUUUCAACGGCUCAUCAGUUCGGUGCUUCGUCACCUCUGUCUUAGCAGCUAAAUUUAGGAAUGUCUUGUAUGCCCUAGUGGCAGAUUCAAUCUCGAGCAACAUAACACCUUGUGUGUUUUGUGUUGUCCAAGGUGUCAUCUCACUUAUUCGCUCUAGUGAUAUCACUAUUAGGAUUGCUUUGAUCUAUCCCUCUAUCUGGUUUUAUAUUGUCUUCUGGUUUGCUUUUGGAUUAGGGAGUUUGUUAGCUUUCGCUCCUCCCCUUGUAACAGUUCCCUCUCUUGAGGAUGUUUAGUAUAAUAUAAAAUCUUGGUGUACAAAAAAAAAACAGUGUAUAUUACUUGGUCCACAAGUUAAAUAUCUUGCUUUCCAAGUUAUCUCCAAUAGUAAUCAAGCCAUCUUUAAUA